AAUCGUUUGACUCACUCCACAGACGAGCGCUGCCACAUAUUACAUUCGUUAUUUUAACUAUUGUUUUGUACUGUGUAGUUCUUAUUUUUAAUAAGUUUUCCAAAUAUAAGCGUAAGUGUAAAUAAAACAGUCAAUGUGACAUUUGAGUGGCAUGAAUAUGAGUAAAGACUACUAAAAUGACAAUGAAAUACGCAAUGAAAAACUCUUAUUUAUUAGAAAAAAAUGAAGUCCAAAGAUAAUGAAAUCAAUAAAUGCAGUUUUAUAACCAACACAAAUGCAUGUGUAUCCACCACAAAGUCUGUUAAUAAUCAGGAACUUUCAACUUCUUGUACACAACAAAAACAUGAACUUGGACAAACAAAUUUAUCAAAUAAAACCUCCGAUGAGAUAACUUUAGAAAAGUUAAGUUUUAAAAAUCACGCUCAGCCUUAUCCGUUUACUUUUUUGACAGCUGUGAAAUGCAAACUGUCUCUAGACAAAAGUAAGGCAUCGCUUGACAAAGUUUAUAAAUUUGCCAAAGCUGAGAACACAUGUGAAUAUUCUAUGGAUUCAGUGAAGCCUUUGAAUUUACCAAAUGUGAAAAUUUCUUCGAAGAUUGGACAAGUUUCCGAAAAAAAUGAAAGUUCACAAGAAAAAUUAUUAACAAUUAAAAAAUCUGAUAACAAAUAUGAAACCAAAUCAGAUGAUAUUAAUGAAGCAUUAACAUAUUCUGAUUGCCCUUCAAGUACAGUUACUACAACAUUUAAAAAUAAAAAUUUUGAAUUACUGGAAAUACCCAAUCUUGAGUUAUCAAAAGAAAAAAAUUCCUUCAAAAAUAGUGCAAGGGAAAGGGAUAAUUUUAAAGAUAAAGAAAAUAGAUUCAAAAAAAUAAAAAAAGCAGAUAUUAACACUACAAAAAGUAGGAAUGAUGUUCAAAGUAUAGGAAAAGGUUCUAGAAAUUACAAAUAUUCUUCAAAAAAAGAUAUUUUAGAUAAAGUAAGCAAUAAGAUUAUAAAAAAUGACAGCAUUCUAAAUCGAGGAUUCAAAGAUACUUGUAAUACAGUUAAAAAACCAGCCAAAACAAAUAGAGAGAAAUCUGUUAAAACCUCAAAAUUAUUAACAACAAAACUAUGCAAGGAAGUCAAACCAAAUACGUGUUGGAAAGGACAAUUAACUCUUGACAAUGAUCAUCAAAGUAACAAGUUGGCCAAUGAAUCAAAUAUUUUACAACAGACAAAUGAUAUACUACAAAAUCCUAGUGCCAAAACAGCAUUAUUAAAAGAUCAACAUAACAAUGAUUCUGUAGAAUAUACGGAAAUAAUAUCACAAGAUUGUUCAAAUAAUGAAAAGUCCAUGAAAUUCAAUGAGGAUUGUAUAAUGACAAGUAUUGAAAAGUACCAAAAACAGGCCCUGACCUUUUCCACUCCUAAAGAAAAUAUAUUUAACAGCUUGCAUGUUCAACAGAAUAAUGUUCAGUGUGAUUGUUCCACUGUUUUAACUAUCAAUGAUAAUCAAUCUUCUAACAAUAGUAUUAUUGAAACAAAACUUUCUCAAGAUUCUUUAUCUGAAAAGCUUAUGGAUCCACUUAGAAUAUCUUUUAGAGAUAACAGUUACUCAAAUCAACCAGAAUUUAAUGAUCUUGUCACACCAGAUGUCAACCUUAUGAUUCGCUCCAAAAGAAGAAAACAAUUUUUACAAUAUAUGAACAAUGCUGAUGAUUAUAAAGAUUCAAAAUUCUUAAGAAAGGAUCAAAAUUCAUUACAAGAAACAGAGGUGCAAACAAUGUCUGAAAGUAAUACAUCAGACCAAUUAGUGAUGCAUACACAGAAACAAUCUCAUUUUAUUGAAGACAGCAACCAUGCUAACGCUAAUUCGAAUACCACUCGGGAUAAAAGUUCUGACAUCAUUACAGAAUCUAAAUUUACUAAUGCUGAAAAUAACGAAAAGCAGGUUAAAAAUUCAUCAACAGAAGGAGUGAUGAAUAAGCCAAAUCACCAAGCAGAUGACACAGUUAUACAAACGGAAACAAUUUCACAUCAACAUGAAGCUGACUGUAGAUUAGUUUUUUCAGAACAAUGUACAGGUCCAAAAGAAACUCUUCAUUUUUCAUUAGACUCUGGAGGUAAAAGUGAAGAUGCAACCAAACUGGAUGAUUUUUCCUUUUCAAAACAAAUGAGAACAUUGUCUGAAAUAAGCCUUCAUGAGACUACAUCCUCUAUUAGAACAGAGACAGGCACAGAAAUAAGCAUUUCUUUACGCGAUGUUACUUGUUCAUUUAAUAAAAAUUUAGAUUUAGAGAUGGCUCAGUUGAUUGAUGAUGAAAGGCAAAGAUAUAAUAAAAUUGAAAUGUUAUUCAAAUCGCGAGAGAAAACUUUGAAUGACCGCACUAGAAAAUUGGUCAAGCUUGAGGAACAGAAAAAAGUAUUGAGAGAUACUGGACAGGAUAGUCGAAUCAGUUCAGUAAAGAAAAAACAAAGAGCCUUGCUACUUAAGCUACAACAAGAAAAAGAAGAGAUGAACAGGCUAAAGGAACUUCAUGAAAUAGCUAGUCAAGAGAGAAAACUCAUGUUACAAAAACAACGUGACAUGUUUAAUCCUGACAUGUCAACUAAAAAUAUUCUUCAUAAACUAAAAAGAAGCGCUGAUAGCCAAUCUCCAAGGCGUCUUUCAGGCCCUAUGAAAGGCUAUGAUAUUCGUAGUAAUUCAUCAAUAAGUUCGUUGAUAGAUUCUGAUAAAUCACAAUUAGAUCGCUUAAAAUUUGAUUGUACAAUGAACACAUCUGAUGGCGUGCUUCAAAAGGAAAAUAAAAGUAAUUUAAAACUAGGGAUCAACAAAUUUUCUAAUAAGACGUCUCGCUCAGUUGAAAGUCAUGAUGAAAGUUUUUCAAAAGUAGAAGCAGGUAAAUAUUUUGAAGAAGCUACAAUGUCCCAAAUGAAAUGUGAUUUAAGAUCCAAAAAAUUUGACGAAAGAAUGCCAAAGUCCGAGAUGAAAUAUCAUUUAUAUGACCUUGAAUCUGUAUUAGGAAAUGGAACUAUUGAUUUACUAAAAGAUGACGCUCAUGUAAGUUUGUCUCGAAGCAAAGAUCAAAAUUUUAUUUUGGAAAACGUACGAACAAAAUCCGCCUUGAUAGAAGAGUUCACGGAAAUUUGGAAAUCCCAUUUUUCUCAGUCCAAAAGUGAGACUUCAACGGCUGAUGAACCUUUAGCAACACACGAAAAUCUUGAUGGAGCAUUAUCAGAAAAAUUACAAUCAAACAUUAAUAGUAAAAAUACAAAACGCAAAGGUUUGAAAUGGCAUAAAUCUAAACCUGCGAAUUCGCUAAACAGUUCGAACACAAAACAAAUAUCAGUGCAAGAACUUAUUAAGCAUUCAGACUUGUUGAAUGAACGGAACGAAGAAUUGCUUAAGGAUAUUGUUGACGAGCGGCAACAUUUUACAAAACAGAGUUCCGAAAUAUUGUUGUCAAGAGAAAAAGAGCGAAAAACAACAGAGAAAGAAGAGGAAAAAGAUGAGGAUAUUAUUGAAAAGAGUGACAACAUUUCAGUGCAGUCUCACGUUAGUCUUGCAAUAUCGCAUCAGAGCUCCAAUGACAGCGACAAGAGUUAUUUGAAAUCAGUUGUAAUAAGGUCACAUAAAGAUUAUCAGCCGAAUUCCAGUUUUCAAACUUCGAAGAAGCUUGAGCAGAUUCUGAAAGCUCGCGAGGCCACGCUGAUAUCAAGGCGCAACUGCGUAGAGGAGUGGAUUGCUUGGCAUGCGCGCCUACGCGACGAGGAAGAACGUGUCUCACGAAUGGAAAAAGCCGCUUACAAGCUUGUAAGCGCUACCGCAGGAACACUUUCGCGUAAUGAUUCUACAAUCUCAUCAGACAAUAGCGAUGUAGAAGGAAGAAUAGAACUUCUUACAAAAAAAUUAUCAGACCGUCGUUUGGAAAUGACACGACUUAAAAAAGAAGCUCGUAAACAAGCGAAACGAAGAUUAAAAGCAUUAGAAGCUAAUUUAUUAAAUCAAAUCAAGAAAUAUGAUGAGACUAUUAGUGAAAUGCGUAAAAAGCUUGAAACGAAAAAAGGACCGAAUAAGGAAGAUUCAAAACUAGAAAUUGUGUCGAAAUCUGUAGAUGACUAUAAAGUACCUGAUAUACCGAUUAAGAAGAUUCGAGAAACUUAUCGAAGAAGUGAUUUAUUGUGUUCUCAGUCUGAUUCCGAUGCUACUCCAAUAAAUAAAAAUAGUAACGAUAGGAAUGAAUCAAACGACGCCGAAGUAGUUUCAUCUAAACUUGAAAAUUCUCACUCCGGAAAGAUCAAAAGAACGAAAGAUACUAAUUUAUUAGAAGAAGACUGUAAUUCUGCAACAAGUAAUGCAAAUUUAAGCAAAUCACGAUCUCAAACGGAUAUUCAAAAAUGCAGAAAGUCAGGUAUUCACACUAUAGAUUGUAACCUGUCACAAGGCAGCAACACUUCUCAGGAAAUAGCAAGUAAAAUAUCAUCUAAUCAGUUAGAACAAGAUAUAAAUGACAAUUCAGUCACUAACGAUAAGUUAACACAUGACAGCAAUGAAGGAUCACCAUUUAUUCUUUCUAAUAAAUUAAGUUACAUUCAAUUACACAAUAAAGAGUUGAAUGAUGAUAUUCAUAACUUAGAAAAUGACCUUCGGGAGCUCUCGGAAAUGAUGUUGAAUUUUAGUAAAAAGUCGAGCGAUCAAUAUUCAAUAUCAAUCGAUUCACCUCGAAACAUUUCAAAAGCAGUAGAUGAAUUACAUUCUAAAGAAACAUUAGAACAAUGCGAGAAAUCAAAAAUCAACGUCGAAAAUAAUGCGAUUGAUAUAGAUUUACAAAUGAGGGUAAAAGAAACAUUAUCAAAUGGAGUUUCCGACACUGAUAAUAUUUCAACUUCAAUUGAAGAACUUUACUCAGCAAUUAAAAGUGAAAACGAUAGAGUUGAUCAACAUUCCAAUAUACCUGAAAAUUUUAGAAAAUCUGUUGGGACGGACAAAUUUCCAACGAUCUCUCAAUCUCUUCAGGUAAUGAAAACAAACGAUUACAAAAGCGAUACUUGUUCUAUUGUGGAAAUCAUAUCUACAACCGUUGAGAAAGAUGAUGAAGAGAGCACGAUUAAUGAGAUUAAUCAUCAACACCUUUCUCCAAAGUUACAAAGCAGAGCUGGUGACAGUCAACUGAAAGUUACAGAUGACGAUAAUCAUAUAUCAAUUCGAUCGACAAACAUUGUUCGUGAAAAACAAAGUAAACUUAUUGAUAAUGAUCACGAAAAUGAUACAAUGAAUAUAAUACAAACAGCAAGCAAACACGAUACCAAUCAAUUUGGGUCGAGGUGUGAACGUAAAGACAUUCAAUUGCAAAAAGACAGGUAUCCAGUAGUAAAUAAAACCGAUGUUUUACCUAUUGCAUCUGUAAUUGCUGCUGAUUCAGAUAACAUAUUGACCGAGUUAGAUUCAUUUUAUGAUAAAUCCGAUAACGAUGAUAAAUUUCCAAAAUUUUAUGAACGGCAAAUACAAGAAGUAAAAUUUGCAGAAGAUUACGACCAAAACAUUAUGAGUGACGUUGAAGACUCUACAAUUUUUGUCCCGAAAGGCGAAUCAACAAAUUUACAUGAGACAUUUGUAAUGAAACUUGACAAUUCAAGUGAUAUCGGUAUGGGUAUUUGUUCAGAGGAAUUCAAUGAUAUUCUUGAAAUAAUUGAGAGAGAAACGAAAAAUGAUGAUUGGCCCGAAAGUUCUCGUGAGGUAAUUAAUUUACUUACAGAGAUGAAUGAGGCUGAUAUUUGCACUUCAGCUGUGCACAAUAAUGUAUAUAUUGAAAAGAGGUUUGAUGAAGCAAAUGAAGAAUAUGAUCAAUCCAAGAAAUCAAAAGUUGAAAGUGAAAAAAUCUUUAGUAAUACUAAUCGUAAUUCUGAAUCACUGGCGAAUCAUGUCAUGGCAAACAAGAACGAUCAAUGUGGUUCAACAGUAAUGCAAAGGCAUUCAUUCUCAAAACUGAACGAGGUUCCGGAACAUGCAGCAGUCCACGAAAAAGGAGAUGAUAGUUCAGAAGGAGAGCAAAAAAAUAAUUUAAUAGAAGUAGUUGAAAACAAACUUGAAGUAUUGCAGAAACCAAUAACUCCAAAAGAAAACGAAAUACAUAAAACGCAUGUCACCGUUUUUCUAGAUAAAACAUUGCAAGUAAUAAAAGAUCCAGAAUACGAAGAUAUUUCUGAGGAGAGUUUAGAAGUUUCUGACAUCUUCAAUAAUACAAACAAAGGGUUUCCUAAAAAAUCAAAAAUAAUAACGACUAUACCUGAAAAGUACGUCAUUAAAUCAGAAUCUAAUGAAGUUCUACGCAUAUUGGAUGAAAUAUCGAAUAAAUCAAAUAAAUUUGAUCGUAACCAGCAAGAAAUCUCUCAUGAUGACACGAAAGAAUCUCCAAUAUGUACAAAUAUCAAUGCUGGUUGUAGUAGCAAUAACAACGUUUCUUCUUUGCUAGUUAAACAGUCAAGUCUUUCGAAAAAAAAUGACUCCUACGAAAAAAUCAGUGAAGAAAUUUUAGAUAAUUUAGCAAAUGAGAUUGCUCCAAAAAAGUCAAAAAUCAUAGAGGAAGAUUCUAAACAGAAUCUAUAUAUCACGUCGGAAAAGUUUACGAGUUCAAAUGAUAAUACAAGAUGCGAAUCGUUUGAUCUGAGUGUUAAUCCAAUCCUAGAAAUAAAGAAGGAUGCAAUUUCAGAUAUCAACCCUAUCCCAAUAAAUAACGGUACAUUGCUGUUGAAUGAAAAAGCCAAAGAUGCCACAACGGAGUUCCGGACAACAGCGAUGGGCGUUUCUACAGAAAAUGACAUAGAAACUAUGAUAAAAAAAUUAAAAGCUUCUAUGGAGCAGCCUGGUCUUGAAGUUGCUGAACUGGAGGCUAAACUGUUAGAGAUAGAAAAUCUUCAAAUAGAACUUAAGAUAAAAAAAUUGGAGGCCGAAGAAGUGUCUUACUACGCUCGUAAUAUCCCGAACAAGCCGCCACCUCCAUACACUCCCCCAGGAUCUUUAAGAGAAUCAGACUCUAAUGGUGUAUCUUAUUCUUUUUCUGUUAUUCCAACUAAUAUUGAAGAACUCACAUGUAUUACGGAGAAAGCGACAGCUAUAAUUCACAUAAAAAAGGAAUCUGGAGAAGAUAUUCAGAUGCUCAAAGCGCCGGACGAAAUACACGAGAAUGUUAAAAAUCUUAGCAGUUCUACUGCUAAAAAGAACCGAAAAAUUUAUAAUACUUUUCUUUUUGAUCUAUGUAAAGAAUUAAUAGUUGAUAUUUAUAAAGUGGAAAAAGAAAAUCCAGGACCUAGCUGGACAAAGCCUAAAGUUAAAACAAAACGCGUUAUCAAAAUACCGAAAUCCGUAAAUGAACUAAACGAGUACGUUUCUAAGGAAGUAGCAACACUCUUUGGUUUUAAAACGAAAUUACAACGUGAAAAUAUGGUGAUGAGGUGGAGUAGGAAAAGAAGAGACAGGGUAGAUGAACUACUGGCCAAUGAAGCAUUAGCUGAAGAAAAAGAAUGGACCAAGUUUCAUCAUGACGAGCUUACGGUUAAAAACGAAUUGACCGUUACGAUAUUGAACAAUUUAUUAAUAGAAACGACAAAUUGUGUUAAAAAUGCGUACGCCAAGAAAAGGAAAUUAAAUAUAUUAUAAAUCUCUUGCGAGAAGAAUUUUUCAGCAGUUUACAAAAACUGUUCUAAUCAAUACAAUUUUGUGUGGAAGAAUGAAAUGAAUUAUGACUUCAUAAUAAUACGUCGCAGAUUAAUGUUCUUGCGAUAAUUUAAAAGUUUAUUUCUUUAAAGAUAUUUGUACAUAAUAACUUGGCGAUUUGUAAGGAUAACGACUUUAAUAAUAAUAAUAAUAAUAAUAUUUAUUUUUUCAUUUGAAUAUUUAGACAAAAUUAUUCAAUAUACUUAACAGUAUAUCUUAAAUUUUUAUGGAUUUCAUGUUUGUUAAUAAAUAAGCGAACGUCAUAAAAGAAAAAUCAUUUUUGUUUUAAAGUACAAUUCAACAGCGGAUGAAAAUGUAAUUUUAUCUAUACAGUUUACAAAAAAUAUAUACCAGUUUUGAUACGUAAUUUAUGCACUAUCGAAAAAAAAUUUGCCAAAUAUAUAUAGUAAAAGUCAAUCACAUAUUUAACUUAUUUUAUCGAAAAAUUGUUUUGAUAAAAAAGAUAAAUAUGUGAUUGAUACAAAUGUGACGAAACAUACAAAUGCUUGUAUUUGUAGGAAAAGUUUAAACGGCAUUUAACUUUGAUUAAGAGGAUUUCAGAACGCAUUACAAGAAUUUAUCUAAUUUAUUUCGUAAUCUUUAAUCAAUUUUUAAACGUUUUAUAAAUAUAUGGUCCUACUUUUUAAAAUUAUUUUGUAAAGAUGUUUACAAAAAGUUCAAAAUCGAAUGAAAAUAACGAAAUCGAUAAAAUUAUUGAUAUCUUCUGUAUCUUAAUGUAUUUUGAAUAUAAUCCGCCUAGCUGAAUCAUCCUCUUAAGCAUCAUUUUUCUCAAUUUUGAUACAUAUAUAAAUAUAGCAUACAAUAAAAAUUUUGUUAGUGUUUAUAAAUUUAUGUAUAGUAAUAAUAAAAUUAAUAAGAGAUAGACUGAUGGAAUUUUCUUCUUUUGCAGUUGGGAAUGACGUUAUAUUAUUAGGUAUUGAAAUGAUUUUAUUUACUUUUGUUUUGUAAUGAUCACAAUGACGUUGAUUUGGAAAGCGAAACGUAAUAUUUCGUUUAAAAUGGAGUAUGUCUGAUUUAUGAGAUAAAAAUUCACUUUUGUUAUUCACGUUUGAUAUGAAUUUAAAAAAAUCUAUUUUUUAUAUUAAUAAAAUAUUGUCUUUUUUGCAGAAUUUUUGUCCACUUUCCAAAUCAACGAAAUGUAAUUAUUCACUUGAUUAUUAAAUAAUAAGAAAUAUUGAGUACUGUUAGAACUUCUAAGUCUCUUCAACGUCUAUAAUCAGCUUUUACCACUUUUCGGAAACAUUGACUGUAAAACCUGAUUAUAAAUUCUUUGGUCAUUACUGAACGUGUCAAUCUAGAUUUGCAUAGUAAAACUAUUUAAAGAAGUCGAUAACACUAUUACAUGCCAUAAUUAUGUAAUAAUUAUCAUAGUACAUAAUGGACUUGACAAUCGCCUUAUUGAAUAAAUGUAUAAUUUAUUUAAUGUUAUUAGAAAAUCACUUUCGAUAAGAAUUUUCUUGUAUGAUAGAAAUAGAUUUCAUAAAAUAAACAGUUUGAAUUUGAUUUAUUUCGUAUUUCAAUUUAUUUGAGUUGUGAGUUUUUA